AUGGCCGUGCCGGGCCUCGACGUGCUCGACUACUACCACGGGCUGCUACCGAGAGAAGAUCUACCGUUACUGCUCGCGAAGGAGGGCGACUAUCUACUCCGAUCGACCCAAGUGAAGACCGGCGAGGAGCGACGCACCAUCCUCUCCCUCGCCUACCAAGAUAAGAAGAUCAAGCUUGGGCAUUACGUGAUCACCCAAGAGAAGGAGCCGCCGAACCUGUUCACGAUUGACAAGACCAUCUCGAAGGCGACCAUCGACGAGCUCGUCCAGGAAUACAAGAGCAGACGCGUGCCGCUCAAGAAGGAGAUCCCCAACACCAUCCUCAUCAACGCCAUCAACAGGCCAUCGUGGGAGCUCCGAGCCGACAAUGUCAUCACCGGCAGGAAACUCGGCGAAGGUGAAUUCGGCGACGUUCACCAGGGCAAACUGAGGCUGCGCGACCGCGAGGUGGACGUGGCGAUCAAGGUGGCCCGGAAGGACAUCAUCUCGAAGGAGAAGAUCAAGGAGGACGCGGCAUGGGGCAUCGAAUAUCUCCACCACAAGCACAUCAUCCACCGCGACUUGGCCGCCCGAAAUUGCCUGAUCGUACGCGUCAACGAAGAGUACCUCGUCAAGAUCUCCGACUUUGGGCUGUCGCGCGAUGGCGACGCGUACGUGAUGAAGACGGUGCGCAAGGUGCCGAUCCGCUGGCUGGCCCCCGAGACGAUCCAGACGUUCACCUACACCCCGAAGAGCGACGUCUGGGCGUACGGAGUACUCGUUUGGGAGGUGAUGACAAACGGGGACGAGCCGUACGCCGGCGAACCGAACCCGCAGAUCAAGCAGAAGAUCGUCGCCGGCGAGCUGCUACAAUUCCCCUCACUCGCCAACCAAGAGAUCGUCUCCCUCAUCAAGCAGCACUGCUGGGACAAGGACAAGGACCGGCGCUACAGCAUGACGGAGGUGGCGCAGAAGCUGGAGUCGUUGAACAACCGCCAGCCGCCGCCAGUGCAAGAGGAAGACAAUACACCAGACAAUCAACGGCACAUCCAAGAUCAAGAAGGGCGCGACAAGCAGCAGAAGAAGAAAAAGAAGCGCAAGCUGUUCAGCUUCUCCGUGUUUCGAGGUCUACGUCCAAAAUGGACUCACGACAUCAUACGUCACUUCACGGAGUCGGCGAUCAGCCACGGGGCCCACCGAUUCCUAAAAGUCGACAAGAAUACCGGGCAGAUCAUCGGGGCCCUGGCGGGGAACGUCAUCUUCAAGAAGGGCGGAAAGAACAACAGCCUCGGCGGCGUGGGCAAGAUCGUGCUCGACAAUAUCCUCUCCGGAAAGUUCAACAAAAAGGUGACGCCAUUGGUACAUCAAAGCGAAAUCAGAAGAACCGCGGGCAUCGAAUCGUUCGGAUUGGACUUUUACAAAGAGCGUGAUCGCUGUCUGAAGCAACGCCAAUUGUUCGAGGAUCCUGAAUUUCCGGCCUCGUCAAAGAGCCUCUACUUCAAGAGGGCACCUGCAGGACGCGUGGAAUGGAGACGGCCUGGGGAAAUCGUCCACGACCCGUGUCUUAUCGUCGAGGGACACACCAGAUUCGACGUCGUCCAGGGCUCGCUUGGAGAUUGUUGGCUACUCGCUGCCAUCGCCAAUUUGACCCUACGCGACGAGCUCUUCUAUCGUGUCGUGCCCCCAGAUCAGAGCUUCACCGACAACUACGCCGGCAUUUUCCACUUCCAAUUCUGGCGCUACGGCCGCUGGGUGGAUGUGGUGAUUGAUGAUCGCUUGCCCACCGUCAACGGGAAGCUCAUCUACAUGCAUUCCGGCACUGUCAACGAGUUCUGGAGCGCACUUCUCGAAAAAGCAUAUGCAAAAUUAUACACAUGCUAUGAAUGCCUGGAUGGUGGAUUGCCGAUGGAUGCUUUGGAGGAUUUUACGGGCGGCCUCACCGAGCACAUCGAGCUCCGAAAAAUUGAUAAAGCGACCCUGCUAGCGUUGCUCGUCCGCGGAUUCCAGAUGGGAUCGAUGUUUUGCUGUUCGCUGGAGGCCGACCCGAACACAUUUGAGGCCCAGCUGCCGAACGGCCUCAUCCGUGGCCACGCUUAUAGUAUUACGGCCGUACAAGAGGUAUCGACAAGUCGCGGUACCGUCCUACUGCUUCGUGUACGAAAUCCGUGGGGCAACAAUAAGGAAUGGUACGGCCCGUGGUCAGACGGGAGCCGCGAAUGGCAAACGGUCAGCCGACACGACAAAGAGAAGCUCGAGGUGCGCUUCAACGAGGACGGCGAGUUCUGGAUGUCCUUUGACGACUUUUCCAUCUCAUUCGAAACCCUUGAAGUGUGCAACUUGUCCGCAUCGGUGAUGGGCGAGAUUGAGAUGAUGACCGGGGUUCGGCAACAACAAAUCCAAGAGGCUGGCGUUUGGCAAGAACAACAAUGUGACGGGGCGUGGAGCCGCGAGCGAGGCACCGCCGGCGGCUGCAUCAAUUUUAUUGCAACCUUCGCGCGUAAUCCCCAAUUUUUGGUGCAGUUGACAAACGCAAGGAAUAGCGUGGAAGGGGACGGCAACUGCACGGUCAUCGUCGCCGUGCUGCAGAAAUUCCGGCGUGAGAUGAAGAACCAUGGCAAAGAGAAUCUGCCGAUCGGGUUUUCAGUUUACCGGGCUCCACCAAACUUCACCGGCAAGCUGGACGAGCGCUUCUUCCGGACGAACCGCUCGGUGGCCAAGGUGCCGGUGUUCGUCAAUAUGCGAGAGGUCACGGCUCGUUUCCGCGUCCCGCCCGGCCAAUACAUCGUAAUUCCAUGCACUUUCGAGCCGCACGAAUCGGCCGACUUCUUGUUGCGCGUCUUUUCCAAUGGCGAUGCCGCCAUCAGGGAAAUCUUC